AUGCCCGAGUGCCCGGAGCUGCACUUGGCCGGACGCUACAUCAACGAGACGUGCGGCGGGGUGGUGUUCUCGGGCGGUGUGGAGCGCUCGGCGGUGGGCAGGGGCCCGGAGGUGCCCUUCUCCAGUGAGGCCUACCGCAUCUCGGCCGCCUCCCGGGGCAAGGAGCUGCGGCUGACGCUGGCCCCGCUGGGCCCCGGCGCGCCCCAGGACCUCGUCUUCCGCUUCGGCAUGUCGGGGUCGUUCCGGCUGUGCCCCGCCGCCCAGCUCCCCCGCCAUGCCCACCUCCGCUUCCUCACCGGCGAGAGCCCCCCGCGCGCCCUCUGCUUCGUCGACGCCCGUCGCUUCGGCUCAUGGCGGCUGGGUGACGCCUGGCAGCUGGGCCGCGGGCCCUGCGUCCUCUCCGAGUACCAGGCCUUCAGGGAGAACGUGCUGAAGAACCUGGAUGACAAGGCUUUCGACAAGCCCAUCUGCGAGGCCCUCUUAAACCAGAAGUUUUUUAAUGGAAUUGGGAAUUACCUCCGUGCUGAGAUCCUGUACAGGUUGAAGAUCCCUCCCUUUGAAAAGGCUCGGACCGUGCUGGAGGCCCUGAAGGAUCAGGAGCAGGCGAGGAGGAAGAAGAAUCCUUCCCUGACGCUGAGCAAGAAGCUGAAGCUGAUGCAGGAGAACCCAGAUCUCCUGGAGCUGUGCCACACCGUGCCCAUGGAGGUCAUCGCAGCAGAGAAAAACCUCUUUGACCCAGAUCACUCGGAUAACUACGCCGCGUUCAAGAACUGGCUGCGGUGUUACUUGGUGCCUGGCAUGAGCUCCCUGCGCGACCGCAACGGCAGGACCAUAUGGUUCCAGGGAGAGCCUGGCCCCAUGGCUCCCAAAGGGCAGCCGUCCCGCAAGAAGCGUGCUCAGCCAAAGGCAGAUCCUGAGGCUCUGACCCCCAAGGUCACCACGCGUGCCUCGAAACGGCGCCCCAGGGCUGCAGCGAAACCCCCGAAGCUGGCCAAAGAGGAGGAGGAGGCGGCGGGUGAUGGGCCGAGGAAGGGACGUCCUCACCGGAGGAAGAAAGCGACUGCUGCUCCGGCCUUGCCCGAGCCGCCGGUCAAAGCUAAAAGAAGCCGCCGGAUGACUGCGCGCAGGGGCAGAGGCGCAGCCCCUGCUGUGUGAGUGCCGCAAGCUGCCCUCCUCCCAAGGGGCGUUUUAACAGCUCCAUUUAGCACUGGGGAGAAACGUGAGCUCUCUACCUGUGCUCACACCCGCUUGCUAGCGCUGCACCCUGCCAGUGCGGGAAGGAGAAGCUGGGCUUGGUGAUGGGGCUGAUUUAUCCAGCGUCCUCCUGCUGUCCCUAGGCAUUUGAGGGGGAUAAGGGCCAUGGACCACACGUUGUGGUGGACUCUGACCCCUUCCCUCUGCCUGAAAGUGGAUUGCCUCUCCCUUCCCCUCCUCCCUUUCUGGCUGCUGCCUGGAUCGCUGUUUUUAGCUA